GGCGGCGCUGGCGGCGGGAGGAGUAAAGAUGGCUGCGCGGGGGUCUCCGCCUUCUGCUCCCGGUUGAAUCGCGGGGAGGGCGGCGGCGGCGACCAGGCUAGCAGCAGCGGCGGCAGCCGGGACCGGGGCCAUGGCAGAGCUGGAACACCUGGGUGGGAAGCGGGCCGAGUCAGCGCGGGUGCGGCGGGCCGAGCAGCUACGGCGUUGGCGAGGCUCGCUGACGGAGCAGGAGUCGGCGGAGCGGCGGGGCUCCGGACGCCAGCUGCCUUCGUCCCGCCGCGGGGGGCCUCGGGUCCGCUUUGAGGACGGGGCCGUCUUCUUGGCAGCCUGCUCCAGCGGGGACACGGACGAAGUGAAGCGGCUGCUCGCCCGGGGAGCCGACAUCAACACGGUCAACGUCGACGGGCUGACAGCCCUGCACCAGGCCUGUAUUGAUGAAAACUUGGACAUGGUGAAGUUCCUAGUGGAGAACAGAGCCAAUGUAAACCAGCAGGACAAUGAGGGCUGGACUCCUCUUCAUGCAGCAGCUUCCUGUGGCUAUCUUAACAUAGCAGAGUACUUCAUUAACCAUGGAGCUAGUGUGGCUGCAGUGAAUAGCGAAGGUGAAGUCCCCUCCGACCUUGCAGAAGAGGCAGCAAUGAAGGACCUGCUCCUGGAGCAAGUAAAGAAACAAGGCGUGGAUCUGGAGCAGUCAAGAAAAGGAGAGGAGCAACAGAUGUUGCAGGAUGCUCGCCAGUGGCUCAAUAGUGGUAAAAUUGAGGAUGUGAGGCAGGCUCGUUCGGGUGCCACUGCCCUCCAUGUAGCUGCUGCCAAGGGCUACUCUGAAGUUCUCAGGCUUUUGAUCCAAGCUGGCUAUGAAUUGAAUGUUCAGGAUCAUGAUGGCUGGACACCCCUCCAUGCUGCUGCACAUUGGGGGGUGAAAGAGGCCUGUUCCAUCUUGGCGGAAGCACUCUGUGACAUGGAUAUUAGGAACAAACUGGGCCAAACACCCUUUGAUGUGGCUGAUGAAGGGCUUGUGGAACACUUGGAGAUGCUCCAGAAGAAACAGAAUGUGCUUCGAAGUGAGAAAGAGACAAGGAAUAAACUCAUUGAAGCAGACUUGAAUGGCAAAUUGCAAAGUGGACUUUUUAAAAACAAAGAGAAGAUUCUGUAUGAUGAGGAAACACCCAAGUCCCAAGAAGCAGAGGAAGAGAUUAAGGAAUCUAGCAGCUCAAGCUCAGAAGAAGAAGAAGGUGAAGAGGAAGCUUCUGAGUCAGACACUGAGAAGGAGGCAGAUCAAAAGCCAGAGGCUGUUAUCAACCACUCCAGCUCUGAAUCAAAGAGUACCAUCAUGGAGCAGAUACCACCACCAUCUCAGAAUAUCUUCUCUGCUUCUCCUGCUAGAAGAUUCUCCUCUAGUUUCUUCAGUAAGGCAGAAGAGCCCAAGGAUGAAUCACCCGCCUCUUGGCGACUCGGAUUGCGGAAAACCGGCAGCCACAACAUGCUCAGUGAGGUGGCCGGUCCCCGGGAAGCUCUCCGGGAUCGGGGCUCCUCCAUCUUCCGAUCAUCAUCUAGCCCCAGGAUUUCUGCACUGCUGGACAACAAAGAAAAGGAGAGGGAAAACAAAAGCUAUUUUUCCUCACUAGCACCCCGGAGGCUCAAUAGCGCAAGUGACAUUGAGGAAAAGGAAAACAGAGAAUCUGCUGUUAACCUGGUGCGGAGUGGCUCCUACACUCGGCAGCUUUGGAGGGAUGAAGCAAAGGGAAACGAGACUUCUCAGACUGGUGCUCCUUCCACCUACGUAUCAACCUACUUGAAAAGUGCUUCAUUUGGUAGAAGUAGUGACCCCACCAGUCCCUACAUUUCAGCCAAUCGCAAUUCAUCUCCUGCUACCUCACCCACUACCAUUGGUUCAUCUACCUCUCGAGGCAGCCAGUGGCAACCUGCCUCUUCCUGCCCUACAUCAAUCAGUGCAAAUACUACUGCAUCCGUUCACCAUGGCAGAACUUCUUACAAGCUCCAUGCAGAUCCAUCUGUGGAAAAAGCUGCAGAUAGUGUGUCCUCUAGUACCCCGCUGUGUGUGAUCACCAAUCGUCCCCCGCCUAGCACUGCCAAUGGGGUUACGGCUGCCAAUGUGCUCUCAACUACUGGGACAGACUCCUCCACAGAAGCCAGAGAGAGGAGGCGGUCAUAUCUAACACCUGUACGGGAUGAGGAAGCAGAGUCCCAGCGGAAAGCACGUUCCAGACAAGCCCGGCAGACUCGAAGAUCUACCCAGGGUGUCACUUUAACUGAUCUUCAGGAAGCAGAGAGAACCUUCAGCCGAUCCCGGGCAGAAAGGCAAUCUCAAGAGCAGCCAAGUGAAAAAACUGAAAGUGGUCUGGAAGGACUUGAGGGUAACAGUGAAAAACAGGAGCCACUUACAGCACUGACAAAAGAAACUGGAGAGAGCCGGCAGCGAGGGAGUAGGAGCUGGGAUGAGGAGUCUUCUUAUGGACGCCUGAGGGGCCUAACCCAGCAAGAUAAACCCACAACACCAGUUUCUCCUUCUGGGUCAAGACCCUCCCUUUCCAUUGGAUCCCAUCUCCUCCGGACAAGUAGGUCCUCAGGCCUGGACUCUGAGAGUUCAGAAACUGCCACAAGCACUGCUAAGGACAUGAAUAAAAAUGAGAGUGAAGAUCCAGAUUUGGACGACCAGUCCUCCAAUAAGACAUCCAUUCGGGAGAGGCGCCGGCCCAAGGAAAGGCGAAGAGGGACAGGCAUCAACUUCUGGACAAAGGACGGAGAUGACACAGAAGUCACAGAAGACAUGAAAGAGUUAUGGCAUGAAAGACUUGCUAGGUUGGAAUCAGGAGGCAGCAGCCUUACCAGCGCAGAUACCUAUAGUGACCGGGCUUCUGCAAAGGCCCGCCGGGAGGCCCGAAUAGCUUCUUUGACAAGUCGAGUGGAAGAGGACAGCCAAAGGGAUUAUAAAAAACUCUAUGAGAGUGCCCUGACAGAAAACCAGAAGCUGAAAACCAAACUGCAAGAAGCUCAGCGGGAGCUGGCAGAUGUCAAAUCUAAAUUGGAAAAGGUGACCCAGCAGAAACAAGAAAAAACCUCUGACCGGUCAACAAUGCUGGAGGUGGAGAAAAGGGAGAGGCGAGCUCUGGAGCGGAAAAUGUCUGAAAUGGAGGAAGAGAUGAAGGUUUUGACAGAACUCAAGUCCGACAACCAGAGGCUGAAAGAUGAAAAUGGGGCCCUCAUCAGAGUGAUCAGCAAGCUGUCCAAAUAGACUCAUUCUCUGGGAGGAAAAGCUCCCGCUCCCCUCUGCCUCCUUCCAACCAAAAAGAGUCCAUGCUGGUGACCGAAGGAAUCCUCCCUGCCCCACCGACCCAAACAUUGACUUUCCCUGCAUACCCCAGAUCUCACCUGCCCCCGUGUUUAGGGGAGUGUUCAUGAAAACCUAAUGGUGGCAAUGGGCCAUGGCCAUGGGGGGCAGGGCAGAGUGUCCCUGGCCCUCGCUGCUGCUCCACCAUGUUCACAUCAGACCCAGUCUAGAUCCCAAAGGCCUCUCUCCCCCUGACCAGCACCAUCGCUGCAAAAGCCUGGUCCUCUGGCCCAGGGAUCCCAAGGAAAACUGCUCAGCUUGGAUCGGACCACCAUCAAGUGCCAGGGCCAUGUUUUGUUAGACUUGGUGGCAGCUGCUUCUCAGGGAGACUCUGUUCUCCUCCUCCCUGGAAACACCUUUUCAUGGCGGCUACAAGACUUCUGUUUCGCCUGUCUGGUAACAUUGUGAAGAGCCUCAACCUGCACUUGCCCUCGUCCAUCUUCUCCCGGGGCUGAGGUCGCCUUGCUUCAUCUGGAGAUUUCUUUCUCUCCUUUCCCCUUUCCCCCCAUCUAAAAUCCACGUCGUAGCAUCUGAGUUCCACUCGCUUUAGCUCCUUAGAAUGGUAUUUUCUGAAGCUGUCAGGGAACAAGACUACCUGGUCAGCCGGCAGCCCCUGCCCCUCUCCAAGCGUGGCCCCAUGUACCUGCGGGGUGCACACAAGCACCUCGCCCCUUGUUCUGGAUGCUGUCUAGGCUGUGAAAGCCCCAUUCCGGCCUCCCCUCCGGGGAGGGUGUUUUGGUUUGGCUUUCUCCCUCUCAGCCUUAGUGUGUGUCCCUGGUGGGAAAAUAGCCCAGCAUCAGGAGGCCCAGGGAGAGGCUAAAGUGGUGGUGGGGGGAUUCAAAACUUGAACACAAUGGCCAAGAAGACUAAAAAACAACUUGCUGUGCUGCUGGCAGGAGGCCCCAGGGAGCGCGGAUGUUGGGAGGGCGUCGUGGUCGGCCCGGGGAGGCACUGAACAUCUUCACAAUGCAUGGGGAGACCACUGGGUGGAGAGGCGAGGAAAGGUGGUGUGUCUUAGAGGGAGGAGGGGCUGGGGUUAUUUACUCCAACUGAGGUUUUUACCCCCCCACCCCCAAGGCAGGACAGACAGCGAUGAUCUCUACUCAAACACUUCCAGUGACAGGAGCUCAUGUAAGAAAAUGUGUUGCAUCAUUAGGUGGCUGCAGUUUUUAGGAAGUUCUUCCUAAAUCUAACACUAUGUUCCAUUCAUUGAUACAAUAUGCCCUCUGGAGCCGUGCGAUUACUCAAAUGCUUCAUCAUACUCAAAUAUUCAGAGACAAUUAUCACUGACUUCCCUGUCCUCAAAUGCCUCUUUAUGCCAAAUACCCUUCCACUGUUUCUCCUGAGAGGUUCCAGGCUCUCCACUCUCUGGUCACCAUCCUCCUAGCUGUAGCGCUUUCAUGUGGUGUGACCAGUGACGCGUAAGAUAGAACCAUCAUCUCCCUUGGUCAGGACACUCUGUCUUUAUUAAUGCAGCCUGAGAGAGCACUAGCUGUUUUAGCAGCUGCAUCACACUGUUGGCUCAUAUUGAGUUUUUGGUCAACUAAAACCACCCCUGGUCUUUUUCACAGACGUGACUUUGGGGGUAUCUAUUAUCCUUGGUAUAUAAAAUUCAGUGAGUUUUCAUUCAAGUCCAGUGAUCAGUUUUCUCAUGUAUACUGCCUCUGCCCACUCUGAAUCUCCUCUCUGUUCAUCAAGGUAGAGAAGUUCUUCAUAGAUGUCUGAAGCAUCUAGCAAUCAUGUUUCAAGGGUUUCAAGCUUUGUCUUUCUUGCCAAAACUCAGUUUUAUAGUCUGCAAAGUGAUGUGCUGACUCCCUUUCUGACCAUAUGUCGAGGAAAGCCAUUUCUCUAUGAUAUUGGAGUGGUAUUUCAGAAUUGUGAAAAUAGUCACUUCAGGGUAAUGAGUGAGAUGAGUUGUAUUAUAAGCAUUUAUUUUAUUCUAAUCAAUGAGACAGUUUAUAAUUUCAUAAAAGAUGCCGGAGGAUUAUCUAGCCAUGUUUUGGUCCUUUGGAGAAUUCCAGUAAUAUCUCCUCUGAGGAAAAAAAAAAUUCUUCAGAUAUUUCUUGCCAUCUCAAUAGAAUGAGGUUCAAAUAGGGCCACUUAGAUAUUAUUUUGGAGUAGUCCCCACUCAAUUCACAUUUCCAGAAAUCUCCCUCUUGUCUGUUCUGGCUAUAGGGUAUGUCUGCUUCCUUCUUUAACUUUCUAACCCUUCCACCUUCUAUCCAAUGUUGUUAAAGAAUCCCCGGUGUACCUAUUUGGUGUUCUGAGGCCAUUGACAGAUAUUCAGUUUUUCAUGCAGCUCACUGUGUAUGGACCCUCAAACACAUCUUAACCUAUGCUGCAUUGCCAUCCAGGGAAUAAUGAGAUUCUCCAUUAAACCCAGGGUUUCUAUGAAGCCAAGAGUGCCUGAGUUAGGGGGAGGGGAGAAAAUACAAAACUUCCCUCUUUGAAAAGAUACUGAAAUGAAAGUAAGCAAGGUGGGACUCACAAGGCUGUGCACUCCACUGCUUCACCUCAGAUCCUGGUCACUCAUCACCACCUUUCCAGAAUUGUAGCAUGGUACCUUUAGAUCUUGUCACAGUCUCCACUUAGAAGUGGAACAUUUUAGUCUAGGUUACUUCUUGCAGCAAAAUGAACUGCAUAGAUGAUUGUGAUGACAUCAAAAGGCUCCUUAAGCCUUCCCUUGGAAAGUAAAUGAACAUUUCAGCAAAUAUUAAGUCCACUGCACAAGGCAUUGUGCCAAAGGCCAGGUAUACAAAGACAAGAAUGAGGGCUCCUAGACUAAUAUGUUAUAGGGAGAAAUGAUGUGGAGAAAAUAUUUCUUUGGAUUUUACUAAUUCUUCCUAAAUCCUGUAUCAAUACUAUACUGGCAAUCUCAAGACACUGCCCCCAAAUAUGCUGACUGACUAACCCCACUGGCUUCAGUCAGUCUAAAAAGCAGAUAUCAUGGGUGUGUAAGUUGAGAGAUGACUUGGUUUUUAACCCUAGCUUCCUCCCUCAUCUUUUGCAUCUUUGCCAGCUGCAAAAAGGAGUGUUGCUAAGAUUUUAUAAAAUUCUUGGCCCCCAACUCCAGCUAGUGAUCACCAUGUGUGAGCUUUGCACAAAUGGCCAAGUCCUAGCACAGCUGUAGUCCCUUUGUACCCAAAAAUAAAGCUGCAUCAAGAGAGGAAGGUAACUUGAUAGAUGGGGUUACCCCUGAGGUUUUGUCGCAAACGGUGUAGCCUUAGACAUGUAAUGUUUCUGGACCUGUUUUCUCAUCUGUAAAAUGAAGGAGACUUCAUGCACCAAGAGUCUAUGGCAAUUUUUAGAAGAUUAGAACAUUUUUCCACCCUCAGCAGAACUGCUGCUGUUUGUUAUUUGGAAAACUCAAGUACAAGAGCAUCAUUGUUUCCUUCUGAAUAGGAGUCUUCAACAUCAGUGGGUCAGCCUUGUUGGGAAAUGAUUUUAAUACUGAGGUUGAAUGAAUGAUGUUGCACUCAUUCCUCUUCCAAAUGGAUCCAUAAGAACAUUACAGCAUGCAGAGGGGGAAAUUGAAGCUCAUGGAGAAAUGGGCAAAAAGCAGUGGGUGGUGAGAUUUUAAUGGGAAAUGGGGGGUCUAUGUAGGCGGAGCCCACUGCCUUCCCAAGGUGUCUCGCUUGAUUUCCACUGUUCUUAACUCCACACUUACAAUCUAUUUGCAUUCUCCAUGCACCAGCUUUUUUUUUUUUUUUUUAAACAAAUGAGCCCAAGUUCUAUAGCAAAAGGAAAAAGGCCACUUGGGAUUCUUCAAGCCCCUCUACAGCUAGGACUGUUGGUUUGAGAAAGAAAUGGCUGAGAUUUUGUUGAACGCAAUCAUGAGAAUAGGAGGUUUGUAGCGGAGACUACUUAGUCACUAAGAGUUGGCAGACUCUUACUGAACAACCCCUGUCUUGCCCUGAUGGAGUAAGAGAUGGAAAUAGGAGUAGGAUUGACGAUCGAAAGCCCUGCACGGGAGAAUCACCUUUAUAGGGGCAUAGGAGACAAAAGGAAGGAAAACCUGGACAGAGAGAUUUGAAUAUUGCAAUAAAUCGAGGCUGGGACUGACACUGAAAAGGUAGGGUAGCUAUAUAGAAUUAAAAUUUUAGCCUGCAAUGCAAAAUCAUUGUUCUAGAUUUUAAUCAACUUUCUUAAUGAAUAUUGACAACCGAUGAUGUGUCUGCUAUUGAACUCCUACAUUCUGAAUACUUGGGAAAAACAACUACUUUCUGCAGCCAAGGAACUGUUAGUAUCACAGCUAUCAAUAAGGCAGUUGGAAACCUUGACCGCCCACCUGAGAGAAGCUAUUUCCUAUAGCAGUCAAAGAAUGAUUCCCUGGGCACUUUGUAGGUCACUUAGGAUCGAUAACUCCAUCCUCAAAAAAGAACUCCAGAUGAAAUCAGAAACUUAGUUUUAUAACCUUUCCAUUAAUGAUUGUUCUGACUUCAUCUAAGAUAUAUUAGUGAUUUUAAGAUAAUUCUUUAAUCCACAUCAAAAGGGUUUGGGGAUUGCUGAGCUGAUGUGAACUCUGCAAUGAUGUGGAACCCUAUGGAAAUGUGAUCAUAAGACACUAUUUUCAUCAGUGGUCCCAACAGAUUAUCUCUUCUUAAGCCCAGCCCCUCAAGGAACUAUCCUGGGAAUCUUCCUUUUGGUCAUCUUUUCACAUACUUUGGACCAUGGAGGUAUGUCAUUUGGAUUAUCUUUUCUCUGCAGUGUCACCUAAGGAAUGGUAGAACACUCUUACAUCUUUCAGAAACUAGUACUUCUCCCUCUCCCUUCCCCAUGUAUUUUCUGGUUGCAAGCCUUUUGUGGUGAAUAUUAGUUUAGGGAAGAAGCUUUUCCAAAAAGUCAAGGAAGUGAAAUAUGUCUUCUGGGAGACUUCCCCAGAGAACACCACAUAAUGCCCUCAGCUUCAGAGACCCUAAUGUCCUAAGGAACUGAGAUUUAACUUGGAGGGCUUUUGUUCAAGAUGUCCUCCUUUUACCUGUAGGAAAGCCACAGAACGAUGAUUCCAGAUCGUUUUUUCAGAGAUCAGUACUGAAUAUGUCAAAAUUGAGAUCAUUCUCCAGUUCAUCCAGGUUUUGUCCUUGGUAACGGAGCUAUUUCUCACUUGGUCUCACUGGAUCCCCUUCCAUCUCACCGAAUGGAAAUCUAAAGAUGCUCUUGUCGGUAACUCAGUACAUAUCUGCUCCAGCAAGAGGAUUCCAGGAGCUGUUGUUAGGGGGAAUCUAGCUGUCUCUAGUGAAAUGUGUUUCCUUCAAAUAUCAGUGGGAGGAGACGUUCUGAAUUAUAAGAGGCCAUGUCUUGGACUAUCUUGGGAGAGACUAGGACCAUACUUAGGCUGGAACAUUUUGCUGUACAGACACGAGUCAGACCCUCACUUUAAUUAAGGCUUCUUUGUCUCCUCACAUAAUAGUAAGCCCAGGAAUAGAUAUUCUAACUAAGCAUCUGGUGGAGGACGAGAAGAUCUGAAGCUGCUUGUUAAUGAGACUCCAAUGGGAACAGGUAGAGAAACAAACCCCUGAAAGGGCCUGGAUCCCCAUAAAUCUUUCUUAAUUUGCCAGGGUCUGGUAACUGCCUUUACCUGGUGGCCCUAAAUAGUGCUCUCAUUCCCCAAACCAUGGUUGGAAUGGGUUCCACCCUCCCUCUCCCCCUGCCCCAUUCUCCCCUGAUUUGGAGAUGGACUCUAGCUUUUCUGCUGUUGUUCCUCCUGCCUAGAUUAGACCGCUGGAGACGGCCAAAAUCACGAGGACAGCUGUACUGCCUUCUUGCUUAGAAGGUAACGCUCUGUCCUCUGCAUCUUUUCAUCCCUUACCCCUACUUCCACCACUCUUAAAGCACUGGAUAUAACCAUUUUUUUUUUUCAGCUGAAUUGUAUGGACUAACUUCAGUCAACUGUAAAUACACUGGGGGUGGGGGGGAGGGAAUGAGGGGGGAUGUGGGACUUGUGACCCGAAUGUAUUUUUAUGCAAAUUUGAGUGGCCUUUCAACCUUGAGAUGAAUGAUUUUGUUUUACUGGUUGUCACUAUAUAGUAUUAUGUGUUUGAAAGUUUGAGAUAAUAUUCACAUCUAUAUGAUGCCUGUAAACACAACAGUAUUUAUAAAUGAGUAAAUAAAACUGUGUUUUAACUUUG